CGGUGCAGCAGCGAAAUCAGUCUGAAGUCGGACUUCGAGCGCGGGGAUACGAUGACAAGAAACGCUGGCCUGGUGAUUCUGCUGUGCAUUUGGGUCCAGUGGAGCGAUGGACGCAACUCGCAGAGUCUGCAUGUGCGUUUGUCCCACGGCGGCUGGUUGAUCGGACGCCACUUGACCACUCACAAUGGCCGGCACAUGCGGGCAUUCAUGGGUGUCCCCUAUGCAGAGCCACCACUGGGGGAUCUGCGCUUCCGGGCGCCCGUCGCAAAGGCCUCCUGGGAGGGCGAGCGGUUGGCCAUCAAGGAUGCUCCCAUCUGCCUGCAGCGGGAUCCCUUCCGCCGCGACAUGAUUCUCGAGGGUUCCGAGGAUUGCCUCUACCUCAAUGUUUACACGCCGGAGCGGCCCAGGAUUAAUGGCUCCCUGCCUGUGAUGGUGUGGUUCCAUGGCGGCGGCUGGCAGUGUGGCUCUGGCAUUAGCAGCUUCUAUGGUCCGGACUUUCUGCUGGAUCACGACAUCGUCUUGAUUGCGGCCAACUUCCGGUUGGGACCCUUGGGCUUCCUCAGCACGGAGACGCUCGAUUGUCCCGGCAACAAUGGCCUGAAGGAUCAACUGGAGGUUUUGCGUUGGGUUCGUGCGAACAUCGCCUCCUUUGGCGGUGAUCCUAACAGUGUGACGGUCUUUGGCGAGAGCGCUGGAGGCGCCAGUGUCACCUAUCACAUGCUGUCGGAGAAGUCACGUGGCCUGCUCCAUCGCGGCAUCGCCCAAUCAGGCACCUAUUUCAAUCCCUGGGCACAGCCUGCCCAUAAAGGAGUGGCCGCUGGCCGGGCCACCAAGUUGGCCGAGCUGGUGGGCUGCGGAUCCGCCGGGGAAUGGCCGGAAAAACUGGAGUGCCUAAGACAGAGGCCAGCCGAUGACAUUGUGGCCUCACUGUACGACAUGUUUGUCUGGGACUUUGACCCAAUGAUACCUUUUCCGCCAGUGAUUGAACCGGAGCACGAGGAUGCCUUCCUCACCGUGCCACCUCGCCAGGCUCUGAGACCCCACGGCUUGGCACUGCCCCUCCUGGUGGGCGCCACCGCCGAAGAGGGCCUGUUGAAGACGGCCGCCCUGAUAAAUCUUCCCCAGCUGUUGGACGAGUUCAAGUCCCAGUUCGACCAGGUUCUGCCCGUCGUUCUGAACUACGAUCACCACGAGGAUUCGGUUCGGCGGAGCAUAACGCAACGGAUCGAGAACUUCUACUUCAAGGCGGGCCAUGAUUACGACAAGGUCAAUCACCAGAAUCUGACCGAUCUGAUUUCGGAUGGCUGGUUUGUGGCCGGCAUUGAUGAGUACUUACGCCUGCGGGUGUCCCAAGAGGACGUGGCGCCCACAUAUGUCUACCUGUUCGAUCACAAGGGCGCCGCCAGCUUUACGGAGAUCUUCAAGGGCGGCCGGAACGAGUUCUACGGCACCUGCCAUGCGGAGGAGCUCCAGUACUUGUUCCCCAUUGGAAGGGAGCUCUUUGUGAGUGCUGUACCCACCCAGAAAGAUCUGGAGCUCCGCGAGCUGAUGCUCCACCUGUGGGUUAGCUUUGCGCAAACCGGCGAUCCAAAUCCCAGGAACGCCAGCUUCCAUUUGCCAAAAUGGAGUCCCGCUUCCAGUUAUCCAGUGGAAUACGCCCGCUUGGGCACCAAAGCCGAGGAUUCCACGUCCAUUUUCCAACUGGAAAACGAGCUGAUGCAACAGCGCGCCGAUUUUUGGCGCGAUUUGCAGCCCCAUUUGCCCGCCAGCCAUGCCCACAACGAGCUGUAGGCCUUAACGAGUCUCUAUCCAAAUGUAUUCCACAAUCCAUUUCAUUAAAUUGAUGUUUAGUUAACUUUUCACCACAAUAUACGCACAAGC